CCUCAAUUUCCCAGACUGCAUAAUUUCGUGUGCGUCCGCCAUAUUGCCUUCGCCUAAACGCGGAUCGUCUCGCAGCCACAACUGAAAAUUGUUGCAGUGAUGACUCAGACAGUUCAGACCAACGGGGUCCAACCCCUCAGUAAGACCUGGGAGCUGAGUCUGUACGAGCUACAGAGAACACCACAGGAGGCUAUAACAGAUGGACUGGAGAUAGCAGUGUCGCCAAGGUCCUUGCACAGCGAACUUAUGUGUCCCAUCUGUCUGGACAUGUUGAAGAACACAAUGACAACCAAAGAAUGUCUGCACCGCUUCUGCGCUGAUUGUAUCAUCACAGCAUUGAGAUCUGGGUCCUAAACGGGUCCUUCUCCCUGGAACUGGUCAGUGAAAAGUACUGGAAGGUGAACAAACCCAUGGAGCUCUACUUUGCUCCCACUAAAGAACACAAGUAGUCGCACACAAAAACACACGCACACACAUACACACUCACCAGUAGGAAGUAAACACAUGGACUUGACUAAACCUGCGCACACACAAACACGAUGAGAGGAGUGUGUGUGUCUGAAGGAGGUUGACGGGUUGGUGAAACCCUCUAAAGGACUCUUGUAAAAAGAAAAAAACCUUGUUUUAUAUUCUCUGUAUCUUUGUGUCUCUUUCUAUCUUUCUUUCUGUAGAAAGUAGCAGAUCAGUACAGCAGCUAAAUCAAACAGAUAAUGGACUGCUACAGUAACAGUGGGUGUAGACUCUCCAACUCUGAAAACCAGGGUCCAUUCACAGUCUCAACUAGCAAUGUCCAAGUAAAACCAUUGUAUUAUACUAUAUUUGUCUUCAGCAAAGGCCCCUGUACGCUGUGAUUGUGGUCUGUGCCAGAUCAAAGUUGGAGUUCUGGAGACUCCCUGUCUACAAUAUAGGACCAUAUUGUCAAAAUGGGACUGCUCGGCAGAUACACUGGCCGACGACAGCAAUUUAAAUCCCUAUUGACAUGUACACAUACACAAACAUGGGCAUGUGCUUGUCAACUCUAUAUAAGAUAAAUCUGAUGCAUAUGGAAGCAAAGAAAGGCCAUACUUAUCUGAAAUUGAAUCUCUGCUGAAUACUUGGUGUUGCACAUUGAAAAAUUUCACUUUUAGAAUCGAUCUGGAUUUAUGUGGUUUGAUUCCCCUCUUUGAAAAUUCAGAUAAUUUCAAGUUUUGCAAUUUUAAAACCUUUUUUUUUUUUUCUCAACAAAUUCAGAGUCUGGGGUUUCUAGUCUAAUCUGAAUUUGUCUUUCUUGGAUCAUACGACUGACAAAAUGAAAUUCAUGCUGGGUAGUCUGAAUGUUUAAGUUCAAAUUUCUCUUUGUGAAUUCCACCAAUGCAAUCCAAUCAAAUUGAACUGACUUAAACCCCCCCUCCAUGGAUUAAGACACAUAUACAAAUGGUCUGCUUGGAACAAUAAUGCGUUUUUUUUUUCUA